UUUUAAGUUGCAAGUAACUUCCUAAUUCAUGAGUCUGAAUCCUCGAUGAUCUGCUGCACCGAUGGGUCGCUGUAUUUUCAUCGCUGUGUGGAUUUUUCAUGUGAUUGAACACAAAUUAUGAUUUUUAGAAGAAUAUUUCGGCUCUGUUGGUCCACAAUGCAAGUGAAUGAUGAUGAGGCCCUUAACUGCGGUGUGUUUGAUGUUGAAGAAAUGAAGACGUCAGUGAUGGAGGGAGAUUCUCUGACUUUACACACUGCUGUUACUGGAUUACACAAUGACAAAUCCAAUUUUAUUAAAUUGUAUUUUAAUCUCAGUCUCAUAGCUCUAAUCAAUGGAGAUCUCAGUGUGUUGUGUACAGAUGUGAAGUGUGCAGGUGGUUAUAAUGAGAGAUUCAGAGACAGACUGAAGAUGAACAAUCAGACUGGAUCUCUCACCAUCAAGAACAUCAGAAUUACAGACUCUGGAGAUUAUCUACUACAUACCAUCAUCAACAACAUCAUUAAUGAGAAGACAUUCACUGUUACUGUCAAACCUGGAGUGUCUGGUGCUGAAAUGAAGAUAAAGUCGGUGAUUGAAGGAGAUUCUGUCACUCUACACACUGAUGAUACUGUAAAACAGGGAGAUGUUGUGAUGACGUGGUAUUUCAAUGACACUCGUAUAGCUGAAAUGAAUGAAGAUCCCAGUAAGAGCUGUACAGAUGUGACGUGUGAUGAAGGUGCUGAGAGAUUCAGAGACAGACUGAAGAUUGACCAUCAGACUGGAGAUCUCACUAUCACAAACACCAGAACUACAGACUCUGGACUUUAUCAACUAGAGAUCAGCAGCAGUAUCAGCAGCAGCUUCAGCGUAAAGAGCUUCAGUGUUAAUGUCAGCGUAUCAGACAUAAAAACUCCAGAUUCAGGUCGGUCUUCUGGUGCUGUAGCAGGAAUAUGUGUUGCUGUUGUUCUGGUUGUCGCUGUAGUUGAUGCUGGUGUGAUUUACUAUCACUCAAAACAUGGAAUAAUUGAUAUGGAGACGCAGCACAAUGUUCAGGAGGAUGAAAGAGAGAGGACAGGAAGAGAGAGAGGAUGCAACUGAAUGACUCGACAACAGUUUGUGCAUCAGAUGCAUCAUAAAGUGUCAUUCAUUAAUGAUGAGUUACAUAAGUGGCGUGUGUAAGAAGGGGGCAUGAUGUGUGUUACAUAAGUGGAGUGUGUGUGUAACAAGGGGGCAUGAUGGGGGUAUUUGUAAAUAUACUGUAGAUAUCGAUCGGGAAUUCCUGCUGCUGUUCCGGUAUAACGCUGCUCUGAUCGAGGAUCAGUUUCCCCAACUCAAAUCCAAACCUCACUUACUAUUGAGAAAGGGAAAUCUGACUCGAGAUCUUUCUCAGAAUUUUGCUGCUUUUGGAAAGACUUGAUGCUUAAUAGACAAAUUAUUCAGUUUUACUGACAUGAAACAAGAAUCUCAAACACACUUUCUCUAGUCUUGAGUUGAUUAAUUCAGAAUACUGAAACUUUCUGAACAGUGAUGAAUGUGUUUCAUCAGAUCAUCUGAAGCGCUUCUCAAACAUUUCAGUUCCAACAUUUGAUCAAAUAAGAAGCAAAUAAAUGUUCCCUUUAAUCUUUUAUUUCACUAAAGCAACACACACGUGCCACAAUGAGUAAAAUCAAUGUGCCUGAAGUUAAUAUAAAAAUACAAAUCAAAACCCUCAUCUAUGCAUGUCAUUAUAUUAAUGAUAUUUAUACUGUAGUUAAUAUAAAAAGACAACCAAAACCCUCAUCUAUGCAUGUCAUUAUAUUAAUAACAAAAUAAUUAAUUACACAUAAAAGAUAAAUUAGUUUGAGCAAUUUUAUGAAAACUGAAUCUAGUGUUUGAGAGUCGAGCAGGCCAGUUUAAAUCUGCACAUGAGAUAUCAGCACUCCACAAUCCUGAAGCAAUAAUGUACACUCACCUAAAGGAUUAUUAGGAACACCUGUUCAAUUUCUCAUUAAUGCAAUUAUCUAAUCAACCAAUCACAUGGCAGUUGCUUCAAUGCAUUUAGGGGUGUGGUCCUGGUCAAGACAAUCUCCUGAACUCCAAACUGAAUGUUAGAAUGGGAAAGAAAGGUGAUUUAAGCAAUUUUGAGCGUGGCAUGGUUGGUGGUGCCAGACGGGCCGGUCUGAGUAUUUCACAAUCUGCUCAGUUACUGGGAUUUUCACGCACAACCAUUUCUAGGGUUUA